UUUCAAAGUGGUGAUAAGACAAGCAAUCACAUUGAAUGUUUCACCCAGGAUUUAGCAAAAGUUAAAGUGUAAAAUAUAGUACAUUUUUACAGUCUGUUAAAAAAGAAAAGGAAAAAUUACCAAAAUGGCUGAAGCAGUGAAAGUUAUUGUAAGAUGUCGUCCUUUAAACCAGAGAGAAAAGGAUUUAAAAUGCAAGAUCAUCCUAAAAAUGGAUUCAAGUUGUGGACAGUGUUCAAUCAUCAACCCAGCUGAUGAAAAUGGUCCACCAAAGGUUUUCACAUUUGAUGGAGCUUACUUUAUGGAAUCUACCACUGAACAACUGUAUAGUGAUAUUGUAUUCCCUAUCGUUGAUAGUGUUACAGAAGGAUACAAUGGAACAGUGUUUGCCUAUGGACAAACUGGUUGUGGCAAAUCUUUCACCAUGCAAGGAAUUUCCAGUCCUCCUACUCAACGAGGGAUAAUUCCAAGAGCUUUUGAACACAUUUUUGAAGCAAUAGCAACAGCAGAAAAUACAAAGUAUCUUGUUCAUGCUUCUUUCUUGGAAAUUUAUAAUGAAGAAAUUAGGGAUUUGUUAUCAAAGGAUCAUAAGAAAAAACUGGAGCUUAAAGAACACCCAGAAAAAGGAGUUUAUGUUCCAGGACUUUCCCUUCAUCCUGUACAUAAUGUACGAGAAUGUGAGUUAGUGAUGGAACAAGGCUGGAAAAAUCGAUCAGUAGGAGCCACACUGAUGAAUGCAGACUCAUCUCGUAGUCAUUCUAUCUUCACCAUCCACUUGGAGAUGAUGGACACUGAGGUUGAAGGCGAUCAGCAAAUUCGUCAGGGAAAGCUCAACUUGGUAGAUUUGGCAGGAAGUGAACGACAAAGUAAAACAGGAGCUACUGGAGAUCGGUUAAAGGAGGCUACCAAAAUUAAUCUUUCACUAUCAGCAUUGGGAAAUGUUAUUUCAGCUCUGGUGGAUGGCAAGUCUAAACACAUUCCUUAUAGAGAUUCGAAGCUAACAAGGCUUUUACAAGACUCUCUGGGAGGAAAUACUAAAACCUUAAUGGUUGCCUGUCUGUCACCUGCAGACAAUAAUUAUGAUGAAACUCUCAGUACUCUAAGGUAUGCUAACAGAGCUAAAAGCAUCAAAAACAAACCAAAAAUUAACGAAGACCCUAAAGAUGCUUUGUUACGAGAAUAUCAGGAAGAGAUCCAGCGACUCAAGGCUCUACUCAGUGGGCAACCUCUUCCUAAUAUGUCAGCUCCAGAAGAGGAUGAGGAAGAGAAAUAUAUUUCGGAGAAACUUCGAAAGGAGUAUGAUGAAAAAAUGAAAGAUCUUCAGGACAAAUACAAAAGAGAGCAAGAAUCUAAAGUAAAAUUACAGGAUGAUAUGACUCAUCUUAAAGCAUACUAUGAAGAAGAACUUCUAAAAGUGAAACAGAAUAAAUCUGAAGCUAGUGAUCCUAUGAAAAUAGAGGAUUCUACUAUGCAGAUUGCUCAUGUUACAUCAGGACCAGUAGCUACAUUUGAUCAAAAUGGACAUUUAGGCACUCCACAAACCUCACCAGUCCCACCAUAUGGCAAUGUAAUGGGGAAAAGGGAGUCUUUGGCUGAAAUAAGAACACAAGCUUUUGAAAGGCUACGUGAGUUGCAGGCUCAGAUGGUUGGAGGAGAAAGAGCUAAUGACAAAGUUUUGAAGGAGAAACGAGCAAAGAAAAGGAAUUAUGCUGAAAAACAAAUUAAUCGUAUUAAAGAGGCCUUGUCUAAUUUGGAUGAUGAUGAUGGUAUCAUGUUGAAAGUAUAUGAUGACAUUCACAUUGAACUAAAAGCCAAGACUGCUCUUGUUAAGAAAGCAAAGAAAAAAAUACAAGGUCUUGAAAGAGAGAUCAGCGAUUUGUACAGUGAGUUUGAAGAAGAUCGUACAGAUUACUUAGAAACUAUUAGAAAGCAAGAUCAACAAGUAAAACUUCUACAGCAGAUCCUAGAAAAAGUUGGACCUUGCAUUCGGCGUGAUUGCAACUAUUCAAACUUAGACAAGAUUAAGUUGGACAGUGUGUGGGAUGAAGACUUGCAAAAGUGGCGCAUUCCUGAGUUGGUUAUCGAGAAAACCCGACUUCCACCUGCUGGUAUUCAGCCUGGUCUGUACAUGCCUCAAUCCAGUGCUCGUUCUGCUCCUACUCCUAUGGAUUCAAACUACUUCAAGGAGUCUUCUAAUGACAAAUUUUUAAUGAAACUACAGCGAGGAGAACAAGAAGACAUUGCUGGUUCAUAUUUUAAGCCUAAAAGACAGGAACAGUUGCUCAGCAAGUUUCAGAAAGAUGCUAAUCGAGUGUUUCCUACUCGAGAAACUGGCUCACAUUUUCUAAAUUCAAACUCAAACAGAGAAGCCUUUGGAGGCUUUCAGUUCUCUAAACUCAACAGCAAUCUGUCCAACUCAUUACCAGCCAUUUGUUUAUCAGAACCUAUGGGCCCUGAAGUCCGAAAGCCUACACGUCUAAAUGCUCUCCCUGUCACCCUUGAAUUGGAGAAAAAAGCAAGUAGAAGAUUAAACAAGUCAAAUGAUGAUAUUCUGGACUGGACCAUUUGACAACUUCCUAUCCCCAGUGAGUUUAGGAGACUCAGUACUUUGCCUCCAAUACCUUCAAGUAAAUGUGAAGUUACAAAUAAAUCAGAUGAUACUACUACUAAUAUUAUAAAUCAGCCAUAAAUACUAUAUCAAGCUAGAGACAUCUUUAGUUCACUCUCAUGUCAAGUCUUCUUUUUCUUGGGGUUUCUUAUUAUUAAUGGCCAGUUUAGGCUAUGACAUGAGAUAAUGUAGUUUUGUUUUGUUUCUUAUUUAAAAAAAACAAACAAACAAAAAGCAAGGAGAUGCAAGACAUCUAGGAAACCCACUUGUAUCAGAUUUGCCUUUUUGACUGUGAUAUAUAUAUGCAUCUACAAUUAUAUAUUUAUAAAGCAAAUAAUAUGUGUUAUUAGAUAUACAAAACCAUCGCUUAAAUAAUGUAUAUUUAACUCCCUUAAUUCACAUACAGUUUGUAUUUUUGGUAGAUGGUGAUGAUGACUGCAGAAAUAUUUUUAAAAAGUGUUAUUUAGAUUAUUAAUUAUAAAAUCUAUCUUUACUUGUGUUUUUCUAUCAAAAGGAUAAGUGUUCCCUGUCAAUCUUGAUUUAAGAUCACAAGUUUUACGUGUAAGUCACUAUAGUAUGCUGGAGAUUUCAAGAUUUAAACAGUUUAAAAGUGAUAAAGGUUAGUACUGCAAGAUAGAAUGCUGUUAUCCAAACACAAACCAAAUAUCAUUGAGGAAUGAUACUAAAUUUCUAUCUUACUUAAAACUAGAACUCUUAUGUGCAGGAAUUCAUUUGAAGUUAGUGUUCUUAAUUGAAAUAUGAUACCCUUGUUGCAUGAGUAAUGGCAUUAGAGUACAAUAAACACUAAUCACUGUAUGUUGUAAUCCUGUUUUUUUAUAUUGGCAAAACUGGAAAAUUUAACCUUGAAAUCUUUUAUGCUAGUAUAUUAAUCUUUAAAAUAGAGUUUUAUCACAGUAUUACUGCUGUUUAUUGGUUGAUUUUCACUGUUUGCCUUUUUUUAAGGACUUACAUCAUAGAACAUUUUAAGGUAGUCAUAAUAAUUAGCAUACAUCCCUGUUAAAGGAGAUACUAAUCCCCUUAAUUAGUAGCCACAGCUCUGUUUGAGAUGAAGUCUACUGUGUCAGAGGCAUUAUUCUUUUCAAUGCUUGAUCUUUAACUGUUUUACUGACAUUUCAUUAUGUGUGAACUACCUUUCUGAAAAUAUACUGUAAACCAACUUUUUCAUUCCACAUUUCUGCUUUGAAUCAGUCAUGCUCCUUGCAUUCUACCAGGUGGUUAGGGUGCUUGACUCACAAUUUGGGGUUCGUGGGUUCGAAUCACCAUCCCACCAAACAUG